AUGGGAAGCAUCGAUGAAACGCCAGUGGUUCUCAUCACAGGAUGCUCUCAUGGAGGAAUCGGUUACGCGUUGGCUCGUGAGUUCUCGGCGAAUGGUUGUCGUGUGGUGGCGACGAGUCGAUCUCAGAGCACCAUGACCGAUCUGGAGAAAGAUCCGAAGAUGUUUGUGGAAGAGCUCGAUGUUCAAUCGGAGCAGAGCGUGAGUAAAGUUUUGUCGAAAGUUAUCGACAAAUUCGGUCAGAUCGAUGUUCUGGUCAAUAACGCCGGAGUUCAAUGUAUCGGUCCUCUCGCGGAAACUCCAAUUUCCGCCCUGGAUAACACCUUCAACACCAAUGUGUUCGGUUCCAUGAGGAUGACUCAAGCUGUUGUACCUCACAUGGCGUCUAAGAAAAAAGGAAAGAUUGUGAACAUAGGAAGUAUUAGCAUAAUGGCACCAGGACCAUGGGCUGGUGUUUAUACUGCAUCAAAAGCUGCUCUUCAUGCUCUUACCGAUACAUUAAGGUUGGAGCUUAGGCCAUUUGGGAUUGAUGUAAUCAACAUUGUCCCAGGAGGUAUUCAGUCAAACAUAGCCGAUUCUGCGAUAUCGAGCUUCAACAACUUACCUGAACUGAAACUAUAUAAACCGUUCGAAGCAGCGAUCCGUGAGAGGGCGUUUUUGUCGCAAAACAUAAAGCCAAUACCUGCAGAGACGUUUGCGAAACAGACAGUAUCCGUGGUGCUAAAGAAAAACCCACCGGCUUGGUUUUCUACAGGAAGGUUAUCGACCGUAAUGGCGAUCAUGCACCAUAUGCCCAUCUUCGUCAAAGACUUUCUAUUGACUAAGAGCUUUAUGAAAAAAGGAGCAAAAAUUGAGUAG